GAGCCCACGGGAGAGCCCAGGGGGGCUGGAAUUGUCCCGGCUCGUGCCAUGGGGCUGCCAGGGCAGAGCUGGUGACAAGGACACCCCAUGUGUCCCGCAGGGAAGGAGCUCCGGGUGCCGGCAGCGGGAUCGUCCCCCGAGGAGGCUGAGGCAGGGGAGCUGCCGGAUGACGCCGGGAGCUGCCGGCGGGUGAGGGACCCCCCGGGCUCUGCAUGGAUGGGAAUGGGGAGAGCUGCCCACCAUAGGAGCCCAGGCCAGCUGGAAAACCCCGGCCUCUUCCUCCGCUCACUCCUCCUCCUCCUCCUCUGCAGGCAUGUGUCUUCCCAGUGCAAGAUCCUGCGCUGCAACUCGGAGUACGUGGCGGCCACGCUGCCCCUGCGCGGGCCCGGCCGGGGCGCCGCGUUCUGCACCGCCCUGCGCUCCUACUCCCGCUGCACCCGCCGCACCGCCCGCACCUGCCGCGGCGACCUGGCCUUCCACUCGGCCGUGCACGGCAUCGAGGACCUCAUGAUCCAGAACAACUGCUCCAGGGAGGGCCCCACGGGCCCCACGGCGCCGCCCCGGCCCCGGCCCGCGGCCCCCGAGCGCCAGGGCCUCGAGUCGCUCGACGUCUGCGACUACGAGCGCAGCUUCCUCUACAGGCACGGCCGCCCGCCCGCCUUCCGGCACUGCGCCGCCUUCGGGGACCCCCACAUCCGCACCUUCCACCACGACUUCCACACCUGCCGGGUGGAGGGCUCCUGGCCGCUCCUGGACAACGACUACCUGUUCGUGCAGGCCACCAGCUCGCCGGUGGCCGAGGGCUCCAAUGCCACCGUCACCAGCAAGCUCACCAUCAUCUUCAAGAACAUGAAGGAGUGCAUUGACCAGAAGGUCUACCAGGCCGAGCUGGACAACGUCCCCGCGGCCUUCCAGGACGGCUCAGUGGACGGCGGGGCGCGGCCGGGCGGGAGCAGCCUGGCCAUCCGCGAGCGCUCGCCGGGCCGGCACGUGGAGAUCCGCGCGGCCUACAUCGGCACCACCAUCGCCGUGCGCCAGGCGGGCCGCCAGCUCUCCUUCUCCAUCCGCGCCGCCGAGGAGGUGGCCGGGGCCUUCACGGAGGAGCAGGACCUGCAGCUGUGCGUGGGCGGCUGCCCCCGCGGCCAGCGCCUGUCCCGCAGCCCCCGCGGGCGCGGGCGCGCGGCGGCCGAGGCGGCGCGGGCGCUGUGCCGGGAGGCGCUGCCGGUGGAGGACGUCUACUUCCAGUCCUGCGUCUUCGACGUGGUGACCUCGGGCGACGCCGGCUUCGCCAUGGCGGCCCGCGGCGCGCUGGACGACGCGCGGCUCUUCCUGCCCGACGCCGACAAGCUCCACAUCUUCCAGGCCGGGGCCAGCGGCCCCCGCGUCCCCCCGGCCUCCUUCCUCCUCUUCUUCCUCCCCUCUGCUCUUUGGCUGCUUUGGUUGCACUUUUAGGCCCUGCC